AUGGGAAGGUUCAACAAUGAGACAUUGGAGGUGCAGGAGUUGAGGAUUGAUAUGAUAGUGAGCAUCCUCAUCCAUGGACUGCGAAAGGGUCCUUUUACGUCUGCUCUAGCACGCGACCCGUCCAGUGACGUCGAGCAGUUAAUGGCACUAGCCCAGAAAUACAUAGACGAGGAGGAGCUGAAUGCGAUGAAAGACUCGAGCGAAGAGAGCGCGAGCAUGUCAGGCGACCGCAUGAUGGCAGAGAAGGGGGUGGUGGCAAGCAAAAACAAGAAAAACAAAAGGAGCCGAAAUACCAGCCCAAAUACCAUAACUAUACUCCACUGGCCAUGUCGCGAGAGAAGUGGGGAAGUAAGAAGAAGUCGAUCGAGGAGUAGAGACCGAAACCCCUGCCCUUCGAAAACGGAUAGGGUCCCAACUGGAGGGAGCAAUGCACCAACCAAAGGAGUGUUAUACACGAUAGCGGGAGGAUCGAGCGUCGGAGAUUCAGGUCGAACACGGAAAAGGUGCGCUCGCACUGUAGGAUCGAGCAGGGAAAGGGAGUUUGUGCUGAAGGUGGAAGACGAAGAAGCCAUUUCAUUCGAUAGCUCAGAUAGGCUGGAUAUUGCGAACUUCAUGAACGACCCGAUGGUCGUCAAGCUGGACAUUGUGAACUUCGCUGUCCACAAAGUGCUGAUCGACAGUCGUAGCUCAACAGACAUCAUUUUCAAGAGUGUAGUUGAUAAGAUGGGUCUAGAGAACGCACGACUCGAACCCGUAAAAACCCCGCUGGUUGGUAUUGGAGGAAGUGAAGUAUCUUCACUGGGGACGAUCGAGCUGCCUGUGUCCAUGGGAGAAGAGCCGAAGAGAAAGACCUUGAUGGUCAAAUUUCUGGUAGUUGAUACCCCAUUUACCUACAAUGUUAUCUUAGGUAGGCUGGGGCUGAACUCAUUCCGAGCGGUCAUUUCCACUUAUCAUAUGAAGAUGAAGUUCCCCAUGGAAUACGAGAUCGGGGAGGUAUUGUGCGAUCAGAAAGAGGCUCGAAAAUGCUACAACUUAUCAUUGAAAGGGGAGCUCGGGCUGAAGAAGUAG